AUGAAAACUUAUUGUGAUCGAAUAUUAACCCGAGCAUAUUUUUAUUUGAAAAUUACGGUAUGUUAAAGUUCUUAGAGUUUUUAAGCUUGCGCUUAGCCCUUAAAAAGUGAGCUAUUUUUCAGAGUCGAUAUUUAUUUAGCGAUUCGAGACAGAGGAUUGUGUUCACUUACUACGUGCUUAUUUAUCUUUGUUUUUUCACCACACCCGUCACGUCUUUCGUAUUAUAUUCAGGAAGUGAGUUGCUGUAACUUUUUUGGAAAAAUAGAGACGCAGAGAAACGAAAGAGCUAUAGAAAAAAGAGCACAUAAAGUUGAGAGUAUUAGAGAAGCGCUGCAGAAAAGAGAGAAACGAGAGUACAUAGAAAUGAGAGUGUUAGAGAAGCCCUACGGAAAAAUAGUGCAAACAAUUGAGAGAGUGCCAGAGAAGCAAAUUUCUUGAGCCAAUCAAAUUACCCCAAUCAUAAUAUAAUUUUUGCAGCAACCCCAAAACUGGAAUACAAAGGUGCCCAUAUGAUACGACAAUUAUCACCCGAAGAACGUAAAGUGGUUAUGAAUUAUUGUAGAAUCGUAUUAGUGUUCCCAGAAAAAGCGAAAACGAUGAUAACAUUGGAUCAACUAGAACACUCAAUACCAAUAUGUCAUACCCUAGUACGAGGAAUCAAACGGUUAAAAGAUUUGGAGUUACGGAAACGACCAUCAUAG